GUUUCCUUAUAACUCCCCUACCCCUUGACCAACACCAGGGUCGCGCUCUACAGUAUAACACGUGGCCGGUUGAUCGAAACUGUUCUAGUUUCGCCAAGUUGUGGUUGCGUUGUGGUUGUACCCAAGAUCGCCGUACCGACCGGUACAAGAGAGCUAGGAAGACAUCGACAGCGUAUGGAGAUGUUGAGUGAUUCAGGCAAGGCAGCUAGCAACAUGGCAUGCAUGAACACCAGUGGCUUUUCAGCUCGUUCAUUGAUUGGCAAAGGGGCCAACACCAUUCCAGGGUCUCUCGGACCACGAAGCCCAAAGAAAUUACAAGGCUUGGGUAAAACUGUAGAAGCAGAGACAUUGAAGCAAGAGAUGAAGGCGUGCUGCACUCAGUCCAAACAGUCCAUCCCCGUUUCAUCUCAUCAGCCCCCAUCCCAGACAUCCAACUGCAAAGACACACACAGCUUAUGGAAGUCUCUUCAGGACUGCCAUUCCUCCUUAACUGUUGCAAAUCCUCGCCAUUUUGAAUUUGCUGUUGCCAAUCUGUGUUUUCUGCUGAAGGCUUAUGGUAAAGAACUGGAGAAUUAUGUUAAAUCUGAUAUGGAUCAGAUCUUUCAGACGCUACGCAUCCUAGUCCUGGACACCAGUAAGAGACCAACUACUAGGAUGCAACUACUCCGAGUGAUAGAACUGAGAGCCAGGAGCUGGGAUGUUGAACAGUCUACAGAACACACAAAGAAGGGCGUCAUGCAGGUUAAGAUUAAAGCUAGCUCCUGUAAGACACAGUCAACUCAGCCUGGAGAGCCACUCAUCAAACCAGAUACAGCAACUCAAUUGCCCGGCAUCAGUACAGAGCCUACCCCCAAGUCAACUGGAUUUUGGGAUUCCCUGUCAACCAUUCCAGAGUUCAACCCUGACCUUCCUCCUAUCCCCGAGGAGACAGUACCUGUCAGACUUGACUACCUUCCAGGAGAAUUGGACAAAACUCAAGAGACAGUGAAUGUACAAACCUCCCCUGCCCGGUGUUACAACCCCAAAUCUGCCAGGAAAGGAGAGAAAAGGAGGAUGUUGUCACCAUUGAUGGAGACUGUUCCAGAAGGGAGAAGCAUGUAUCAAGAAGCAAAUUCACCCUUGAUUUAUGACAGCCCUAAUGGACCUGCAACUUCACCUGUUGAAUCUCGUCUAGCUUCAGCAGGACGGACACCUAGACUUCCACAAAGAUCGUCAUGCCACUUAGAUCCACCACUGCGAUACAGUCGUGAGUUUCUGCUAGAGUGUUGGGAUUCCCCAUUAUGUAGAGUGAUGCCCCCUGCUCUGCAACACACCAUUCCACACAGCGACAUCUCCUAUCUCAUCAAAAUACCGACAUUCGAAGAUCCAUCAUUCCUUUUGAAGGAUGAUUUGGCACCACCAAACUUCAUAUCCACAGUCCGGGGCCCAUACCCAGAUCAAACCUAUAGAAGGCGUCAUUCAAGCUGGCCCAGUACCACGCAUAAUAAAGUGUAACCAAGCAGUGUUUCAGGUUCUACUUGGAGAUAUCUUCAGGCGUCAUUUUGAAAUUGAGUUGUGAGGCCAUAGAACGUUGAUCCAUGGAGAGGCUUGUUUUCUGUAUCAUGAAGGCAAAUGAAA